AUGAGCGCCGAAGACAAAGUGCGCGUCUCCGGAGAGGGGGCGCCGCGCGAGCCAGUCUUGCCUGUCGUCAACCAAGACGCUGAAAAGCUUCAACAUCAAGCACCUAGAGCAUCCGUGCCUGCGGCGGCAUAUGUCAUUGCAUGGAUCAGUAUAAGUUCUUCGGUUAUUUUGUUCAACAAAUGGAUCCUCGACACCAAGAAAUUCCACUACCCUGUGCUCUUGACGACGUACCACCUGACCUUCGCCACGGUUGCGACGCAACUGCUGGCGCGCUAUACCACCCUUCUCGAUGGCCGUAAAACUGUCAAGAUGAAUGGGCAGGUCUACAUGCGCGCCAUCGUGCCAAUUGGAUUCAUGUUCAGUUUGAGUCUUAUCUGCGGCAACUUGACAUACCUCUAUCUCAGUGUUGCGUUUAUCCAGAUGCUCAAGGCUACUACCCCGGUUGCCGUUCUGCUCUCAAGCUGGGUGCUCGGUGUGGCGCAGCCCAACCUACGCGUCUUCCUUAACGUGUCGGUCAUUGUGAUCGGUGUGGUCAUCGCAUCGUUCGGCGAGAUCAAGUUCGUCUUGGCCGGUUUUCUGUUCCAGAUCGGCGGUGUUAUCUUUGAGGCCCUGCGCCUGACCAUGGUCCAGCGCCUUCUCAGCUCUGCCGAGUAUAAGAUGGACCCGCUCGUGUCCCUGUACUACUUUGCUCCUGUGUGCGCUGCCAUGAACGCUACCGUGGCUCUCUUCUGGGAGAUGCCCAAGGUCAGCUUGGCUGAGGUCUACCACGUCGGGCUGUUCAACUUUUUCCUCAACGGAUUGUGCGCAUUUAUGCUGAACGUCUCUGUCGUUCUAUUGAUUGGCAAAACAUCUUCCUUGGUGCUCACCAUUUGUGGUGUUCUCAAAGACGUGCUGCUUGUGGCCGCUUCGGUCAUCAUCUGGCCCGACAAGCCUGUGACUGGCCUGCAGCUCUUCGGCUACAGCAUCGCCCUUGCUGGCAUGGUGCACUACAAACUCGGCUACGAUGCUCUGAAGGGUUAUGCUGCCGAGGGCGGUCGCCAAUGGGCUGAAUUUGGAGCUCGCCGCCCCGUAGUCCGCCGCGUCUUGAUCCUUGGAUCCGUAUUCGCGUUGGGCAUCUUCGUUCUGAGCGGCCUAGCACCUUACGCAACAGAAUACGACGCCACCAAGGUCUUGAGCAAGGCUGCCAACAAGGUCGGUUUGCCAUAG